GAACGUGAAGCAACUGCAUCUUUCUGUGAAGAGGAAAAAAUAUUAGACAGGAGUAGUGUCAGAAACACUAACAACACAUGAAGGUAUGGUACCCUGUCUCCCAAAACAAGGAAACGUACGUGGCUUGCUAUUUAUAUGAAGAAGGCACCAGUUUAAAAGAUGGCGUCGAGUAGCGGAAAAGUGUAUGGGUUGAUAACACACCAGUCUAAGAAGAAGACACCAGUUUUGUUGCCAAAGUUGUCUGCGUUUGGAGAUUCCAGUGAUGAGGAAUCGGCCCAUUCUGCAGUAAACCAGUCGCUUCAAUAUGAAGCUAAAAAACAACGAGUCAAGAAACAGACACAACUAGAGAUUCAACGAGCAUUAGAAGAAGAUCCCACAGUUUAUGAAUAUGACAGUAUUUAUGACUCCAUGGAGGAGAAGAAACAACAGAAGGUUCUGGCCAAGAAGGCGGCUAAAGACAGCAAGGAACAGACACCGAGAGGAAAACGCGCCUCAUGGACCCACGACAAGAUCGAAUUACUCUUGAAGAUCUUAUUGGCGUCACAUCCCAAGUACAUCAAGGCUAAGUUCAAUUUCAGAGUCAUGGAUUUCUACGCCGAGAUCGGACAGAUGCUCUCCUACUCCGGACUGAUGGUGGAGAACCUUUUGAAGAAUUUGGGCCGGGAAUACCGAGACAUACUCCGACAAGUCGAGCUGGAAGAAGCUGUGGGGAAUACCCCACGUCCCAGACUGCGAGGAUCUGAAACUGUCUUUAGUUUAUUUGGGGAGUUCACACGUCUGUACUGCCUACUACCUGAUAGACGACCUCCGAAUAUUCCCCAAGACAUUGCCUCCUCAUCAUCAACAACUAAAAGUGACGGCAUAGACAAUGAAUUUAAGUAUGAUUCUCCCGCAAUUGAUAUGUACCAAUCUGGAGAGAUGGCGACUGCCACCCACAGUAGGGUACCCUUCCCAAUGGAGAUUCAUCAACAAAGUUACCAGGACCACCAGGAUCAACAGCCUGAGCUGCCUGACUUCACAACGACCAAUAUUUACCAGCAGCCUACGCAGACCGACUUUACAACAAACAGCAUGAGGUUAAAUCCAACCCCAGUCCUGCCAGUAGAGUUAUCGGAGAAUAGCUUUGAGCCUGCGAGGACAAAAAGUAAAGUCGACUCAUCUAAAACCAAUGUUGGGACGAGGGCGAGAGGGAGACAGCGAUUUCGUUUUGCGCCACGGUCAGCUCGUGGAUCAAGCUCAAGAACAACUUGGGGUUCUGUGACCAUCGGAAAAAAGAGACGAAUACCAACCCAGGAGAGAAAUUACUCCUCGUCCAAAAAACGUUGCCCUUGUGAAGACAAGACGGCAAAGUUCCAAGAGCAGAUGCUUCAUGUGUUGUCUGGAAUCGGACAGGAGCUCCAGUUACUGAGACAAGGUUUCUUUGCUCUUUAUGAUAUUAAGGAGAACACAAACAGUAGCACGGAGAGUCCUGAAUACGAUGAGAACUCCGUAGAAGAUGAUUACAAUGAAGAGGAUUGUGAUAUGAAUGAAGAUCGGGAUGAUGAACGCCCCAAUCCAAGUGUUAUUUUUCCAAAUCUAGGAGAAUAAUCAUCUGUAAGCCUGAGCAGUGUGCAAGAUUCCUUCUACCCCAACCACACCGAACUCGUUCUCAAUACAUUCUGAAAAAUACAGUCUUGUUGCAAGGCCAUAGUAAUGUGUACAGCGAGGAGGGAGUGAGCGAGCGAGGGACCGCAAUAGUGGAGUGAUAGUGUGAAUAACAACGUCUUGCACCAAGACUAGAUUUUUCAGAACGUAGUGAGAACGAGUUCGGUGUGAUGGGGGUAUUCCUUACUGAAAUGAAAGGUGGCAUUAUGCAGUGGCAUGAAACGGGGCCCUGGGGUGUUGUUAUGCCAAAUGUGAACUACAGAGUUCUGCCAUAUUUUAUUUGCCUUCUACAUUAUCUUUAAUUUAUAACUUAUAAGAGACUUAUUUGUAGUUUAAAGCCAUAAAUACACUUUCGGUAAACAGUAUUGUCCAAGUCCCACACUUCGUGUAUCACAACUUGUAUAUAAAA